AUGUCUGUCUCGUUGCAGACGGUGCUGCAGUCACUCCUGCGUCCUUCAGAAGUCGUCAAGGUCGCGCUAGAGACGACUCUCGUGCCCAUCAACCGAGACCCGGAGACCUCUGAAUAUGUUGUUGUCAAAUCGGACAGACAAGCGAAGAAGAUACUCGUCGUUGUAUCUCAUCUCGAUUCAAACAGUGGUAGUGAACAAGGAUGCGUCUUUGUAUUCAAGCCCAAGACACAAUUCCACUCAAACAAUUCCCUUGAGUACACAAUAGAGCACGUGUUUCCAGUUGUUGGUACCUUCUCCAUUUCCAUGGCCCAACCUCGUCGUGGUCCCGUUGACCUUUCUGCGGGUGCAGUUCUCAAUAGGCCAAGGACAGAGUUCAUGCUCACCAUCAAGGCUGGGCACGAUCCAACCGUGGAUCCUCUUCCCUUACUGACAGACAACAUACGGGAGCUGCGCUCAGUGAUUGCAGAGUGCAAACAUUUGAAGGAAGCCUUCCCCGCACAACCCGUAUAUGACGUUGCCACGACUUUCUCUUGGAUCGCACCUUAUCUGCUGCAGGACAGCCAGCCACCAUUGUUGUCCCCAAUUCCGCCAGAUCUGCGCGGUAGCUACAAGCCUGUGCACACGAUCCUGUCUCCAGCAAGUGCGGGCUUCCCAGGCGACGAGGCCCUUGAUAUUGCGUUGAUUAGAGAAGACUGGAUGCGCAACAAAGUGAGAGAGGAAUUAGUAGAGAAGUGCAAUGAGAAAGCAUCCAUAAGGAUUCGGACGGGCACAUUCAAUGUGAAUGGCAAGAUGCCUUCUCAAGAUCUCUCUGUGUGGGUCCAAGGAAGAAUGCUUGGUGUCACGGAAUUGAUCCCUCCGCUCGCGGAAAUUUCUCCCCUGUCGUUAGGCGAAGUAGUGAAGGACCCCAUGGAUGAUGUAUCUGGCAAGGAUAUCAAGAAUUCUACUUCGGAAGGCCCAACCUGUACUAGAACACUGAGAGUUGAAACCUUAACAACCGCUGACUCUACGCCCUCCUCAUCCACUGCCUCUGCAACCGGCACAGUGGUUCAGAAUCGCCCAGAACCCGGAAUAGAUUCGUUAGAGGACUCAACAGACCCCGAUCUCAUUGUUCUGGCAUUUCAGGAACUUGACCUCUCCACGGAAGCGCUGCUCUAUUCGACCAAAACCCUGCGCGAAGACGCGUGGUGCAUGGCGGCUUUUGCAGGUCUCGGUGAGAAAGCCGUGCUGUAUGAGAAGCUUACCUCUAGACAACUCGUUGGAAUGCUGUUGGUUGUCAUCGUCAAGAAGCGGCUCAAGAUGUGCUUUGGUGACAUCAAGACUACGUCAGUGGGUGCGGGUAUAAUGGGCGUAAUGGGUAACAAAGGCGCCACGGCGAUACGCUUGACGUUCACCCCGGUCGUCGCAUCUCACGCCACCCGCCCAAGGCCGCCGCCGACAGUUUUGACAUUUGUAAACUCACAUUUAGCUGCGUUCGAGGAGAUGUACGAAAGGCGCAAUGCAGACUUCCACGAUUUGUCAAAGCGCUUGGUUUUUGAUUCAGGAAUUCCUGUGGCUGGCUCACUGGACCAGGGAAGAGGGUAUGUUCCCGCAACUAUCCAGCUUAGCGUGUUCGAGACAGACGCUUUAUUUUGGAUGGUGAAUCUCAACUACAGAAUUAAUCUCCCUGACAUUGAUGUUCGGACCCUUCUUUCCUCCGAUCUCGGGAUUAAAGAUCUGAGGGUUCUUUUGAGCUUUGAUCAGCUAGGGCUGGCAAUGCGCACGGGAAAGGCGUUCGAGGGUUUCCAUGAACACGCAAUCACCCAUAUCCCGUCGUACCGCUUCACCUCGGGUGUUCCAACUGAUAGUAGGGGAUAUGACAUGAAGCGAAAGCCUGCUUGGACGGACCGCGUACUGCACAUGGCCUCAUCGCCGAUAACGAUCAGGCAGCUUAAUUAUUACAGUUGCCCGCAGAUCACAAUGAGUGAUCAUAGGCCCGUAUCCGCUGAGUUCGAGCUUGAAGUUCCUGUAAUCAAUAUGGUGACAUAUGAGUCAUUCAUCCAUGGUCUAUGGCGCGAUGUUGCCAGUAUGGAGGAUUCUGACGACAACUCAGCAAGAGUGCGAGUCAGCAGUACAAGCAUCGACUUCGGAAAGAUUUCUUACAAACGCCGCAUGACCAAACACGUAGAUCUUGAGAACUUUGGGAAGAUACCGUGUACCUUCAGGUUUGUUUCAACAAGCACCGGAGCGGCUGUCAACCCCGAGUGGCUUGAGAUUCAGUCAAAAGCUGGAUUGCUUUUGCCCUGUGAGAAGACAACUAUCGCAUUCUCCGUGUACGUGGACCAUCGUGUAGCUUCUCGCCUCAACAUGGGACCCGUCGAUCUUGAGUGGACGCUCAUCUUACAUGUGGCGCUGGGAAAAGAUCAUUUUAUCUCCGUUAACGGGCAAUAUGAGCGUACCUGCUUUGCCAUGACCCUUGCCCAGCUCACGCGACUGCCUAGACCCGCUCGUGCUCUCAGGACGGCGGACGAGCUGUUACCAGAAGACGCUGCCGUUGCGGCGCCCAGGGAGAUUAUGCGAUUAGUGAAUUGGCUCAUGAGCAAUGCUGUUGAGGUGAAAUCCCAGGCUGGACUAUUCGUGGAAGCCGCAGAAGAGGCCCUUGUUGAUCGCAUACAUGAGUGCUUGGAUACAGGGGCCGACCUCGACUGUGUAGAGCAAUGCAAAGAAUCUCGGUUUGCUUUGGCAGUCGGAGAAUGUCUUCUUCAGUUGCUGGCGGCACUGCCGGAGCCGGUCGUCCCCAUUGACUUGCAUCCAAGAUGCGUCCAAAUGACUAGUAGAGAUGAAGCUUUUGAGCUUUUAAAUGAAUUCCCUAAGGAAUCGGUGAACGUCUGGAUAUCGAUAACGGCUUUCUUGUAUUUCAUCGGUCAAAUCUCGUCGUCCCCGACAAGGACCGAAUUGCUCGUGGCCAAGUUCUCAUCGGUGCUUCUGAAGGACGACGAUACUUCGAUCAUACCAGUAUCGAUUGUGGGCAAGCGCAAUUUCCUGCGGUAUUUUGUAGAAUGA